CCCUGCGGCUCCCGGCGGGAGGAAGCGCCGCUGCCUCGGACGCCUGGGUCCUCCCAGGGCGGGGGCGGGGGGAGCUCGGACGCCUGGGUCCCCUCCCUGCGCUAGCGGCGGCCGGACGCCCGGCUCCCUCGGACGCCUGGGUCCCUCGGACGCCUGGGCCCGCGGCGGCGGCGGCGGCGGCAGGACGGGUCGGGAGCGGCGGGCGCCGAGGACCUGCCUCUGCCCGUCCCGGCGCGAGAGCGGAGCCGGCCGCCGCCAGCGUCCCCGUCCGUCCCCGUCCGUCCGUCCCCCUCCGUCCCCGUCCGUCCAUCUGUCCGUCCCGUCCGGCCAUGGCCCCCCCCGCGCCGCCCCCCCGCGCCCCGCGCCGCCCCCCUCGCUGACCCCGGGCACGCGGGGCCGUGGGAAAAGGGGCGGGGCUUCCCGGGCGGGAAUCCCCGGGGAGCCAAUCGGGGCGCCCGCCGCCUUCCCACGCCCUUCAUUGAGAAAAAUCCCCCGGGGGGCGGCUGGGACUUGGGGCAUCCCCGGGGGGGAGCUGUGAACCGGGGGGGGGGGGCAGUAAAUUAGGGGGGGUCAGGGACAGCCCGGGGGGGUCCCAGGGACAGCGAUAACCAGAGGGGUCCGGGGGGUCCCAGGAGUCCCCGGGGGGGUCCCCGGGGUGCUGGGGGGGCCAUGCAGUCGGACGACUUCUUCGUCCGCAAGAUGCGGGGCCCCACGGCCCGGCCCCCCCCCGGCCCCGCCACCCCCUGCUCGCCCGGGGUGGCCCGGGGGGGGCCCGGGGGGGCCGCGGCCCUGCAGCGCAGCAGCAGCGAGGCGGCGCUGGGCGAGGGGGGGGCCGGCGCGGCCCCCCGGGUCCGGGCCCACAGCCACGAGGAGCCGCGGGCGGGGGGCAGCCCCCCGGCCCCCCGCUUCCGCGACCCGCUGCUGCUGCUGGGGCUGGGGGCCGAGGAGGGGGGCGGCGAGGCCGGGGGGGGCGGCGAGGCCGGGGGGGCGGGGGGGGGCCCCGACGCCUUCCCCCGCCCGCCCUGGGGCCGCCUCGUGGCCCACUACGACGUGCAGAGCAUCCUCUUCGACCCCGGCGAGGCCCCCCCCGGCCCCCCCAGCGCCACCUCGGGGGCCUCCGCCGCCCGCCUGGCCCCCCCCAGCCCCGAGGAGCCCCAGGGGGCCCCCGGCGACGGCGCCCUGCUCCUCGGCUGCCCCCACUUCUGCUGCGAGACGGGCGGCGAGGAGGAGGAGGGCCUGGCGCCCCCCCGGGGCCCCCCCGGCCCCGGCUACCUGCCCAACGCCGCCGUGGCCGUGCUGGAGGAGCCCCCCCCCGGCGAGCGCCCCCCCUACGCCAUCGAGUACAGCGACGCCGGCGCCGACUACUACCGAAAGUACUUCUACGGCAAGGAGCACCAGAACUUCUUCGGGGAGGACGAGCGCCUGGGGCCGGUGGCCGUGUCGCUGCGGCGGGAGGAGAAGGAGGGUCCCGACGCGCCCCAGGUGCUGCACCGCAUCAUCCUGCGCACCAGCCAGCUGCGGGCGCUGCGGGGGUCGGUGCUGGAGGCGGCGCUGCCCCCCGCCGCCCGCCCCCCCGGCGCCCGCGGGCCCCCCCCCCGGAAGCUGCUGGAGCUGCUGGCGCCGGCGCUGAGCCUGCGGGGGCUGCGCCUGGCCCCCCCCUCGCCCAAGGUGCCCGAGACCCUCCUCAAGCUGGACGAGCAGGGGGUGAGCACGCAGCGCAAGGUGGGCGUGCUGUACUGCCGCGCGGGGCAGGGCUCCGAGGAGGACAUGUACAACAACGAGGGCGCCGGGCCGCCCUUCGCCGAGUUCCUGGCGCUGCUGGGCUCCCGCGUGCGGCUCCGCGGCUUCACCCGCUACCGGGCCCAGCUCGACACCAAGACGGACUCGACGGGGACGCACUCGCUCUACACCACCUACCACGGCUACGAGGUGAUGUUCCACGUCUGCACCAUGCUGCCCUUCACCCCCAGCAACCGCCAGCAGCUCCUGCGCAAGCGGCACAUCGGCAACGACAUCGUCACCAUCAUCUUCCAGGAGCCGGGGGCCCGGCCCUUCUGCCCCCGCACCAUCCGCUCCCACUUCCAGCACGUCUUCAUCGUGGUGCGGGUGCACGAGCCCUGCACGCCCCACACCUCCUACAGCGUGGCGGUGGCGCGCUCCUCGGACAUCCCGCUGUUCGGGCCGCGGCUGGGCGCGGGGCAGCGCUUCGCCGGGGGCGCGGGGCUGCGCGACUUCCUGCUGGCCAAGGCCAUCAACGGGGAGAACGCGGCCGGGCGCUCGGGCCGCCUGGGCGCCAUGGCCGCCCGCACCCGCCGCCAGUACCUGCAGGAGCUGGCGCGCGGCCCCCCCGCCCCCCCGGAGCCCCCCGCCGCCCGCCUGGCUCUGCGGGCGCUGGGGGGCCGCCGGCGGGAGCGGGGGGCCGGGGCGGCGGCGGCGGCGGCGGCCGGGGCGCUGGUGUGGGGCGCGCGGGCCCGGGCGGGCGGCCCCGAGCUGCCCUGUCUGCUGGGCAUCGCCGCCGAGCGGCUGGUGCUGGCGGCACCCGGGGACGCCGGGGGCACCGGGGGGACCGGGGGCACCGCGGGCAGCGGCACCGUGGCCUUCAGCUGCGCCUGCCGCGACGUGCUGGGCUGGGCCUGCGCCGACGGCCCCGGGCUGCUGCUGCUCUUCUACGGCGCCGGGGACUGCGUCAGCCUCCGCCUGCCCCCCGGCGCCCUGCCCGAGGUGGUGGCCCGCCUCCAGGCGGUGACGCGGGGCUGCGAGGCGCGGGAGCUGGCGCUACCCCGGGGCCCCGGGGGCCGCCUGGGCUUCCGGGCGGACGCGGGGGGCUUCGUGCGGGCGGUGCAGCGCUUCUCCUUCGCCGAGACGGCGGGGCUGCGCCCGGGCGCCCGGCUGCUGCGCGUCUGCCGCCGUCCCCUGCCGGCCCUGGGCCCCCGGCGCCUCCGCGCCCUGCUGCGCCGCCACCCCAAGGUCACCAUCACCGUCGUCCCCCCCGACGAGAACGGGCGGCCCCGGCGGAGCUUCUCGGAGCUCUACGCCAGGUCGCUGGAGCAGGGCCGCAGCGAGGACCCCGCGGGGGACGUGGGGGACGUGGGGGACGUGGGGGACACCGAUGGCGAGGAUGACGAUGCCGACGACGGCGGCGACGAUGCCGCCGAGGCCGGGGGGGCCCCCGAGGCCGGGGGGGGGCUGGGCCCGGCCGCCCUGCAGCUGCUGCGGUCGCUGUCGCUGGCCGUGGGGCCCCCCCACAGCCUGGCCGAGGAGCGCACCGCCUUCCCCCCCGGCGCGCCGCCGGCGCCCCUGGCCGACCCCACGCCCGACCUGCUGCUGCCGCACCGCAGCCCCUCGCACGGCGACGCGGGCCCGGCCCCCCCGGACGCCGGGGCCCCCGCCGCCCCCCCGGAGCCCGGCGACCCCGCGGCCGUGCUGCCCCGGACCCUCUCGCUGCGGCGCUCCAUCACCAGGAUGCUGGCAGAGGCCGGGGAGCCGCUGGAGGCCGAGUGGGAGUCGAUCUCCAACCUGGCGGCGGCCUGCAGCAGCGUCCUGGAGGCGCUGGCACGGGAGGGGCAGCAGCUCCCAGAGCCCCCCAGCCCCCAGGCCACCCGGAGCCCCAGGCCGGCGGCCGCCGAGGACGAGCCCCAGACGCUCUCGGAGAAGGUGUCGCAGCUGGAGGCGAUGCUGAAGCGGCUGCAGGAGGAUCUGCAGGAGGAGCAGGAGGCGCAGGCGCGGCUGCAGGCGGAGGUGCGCACGCUGCGGCGCAGCAACCGGCGGCUGCAGCAGGAGCAGGAGGACGCGGCGGCGCGGCUGGGCCAGGUCACCCGGCUGCUGCGGCCCCCCCCGGCCGCCCCCCCCGGGCCCUAGUGCCCCCCGGCCCGGGGGGGGGCCCGGACCCCCCCACAAGCAGGGACCCCCCCCCCCCGCUCCCGCCCUGGCCGGCCGCGGUGCUUGCACGUGUGUGCACAAUGCUCAGCGCACACGCUCGUGCGACACCCUGCACGCUCACAACACUCGCUCCGUGCACACUCGCACCACUCGCACCGCGCCUGUGCACAACACUCGCUCCGUGCACACUCGCACCACUCGCACCGCGCCUGUGCACAACACUCGCACCGUGCACACCAUGCGCACGCACCGUGCGCUCGCAAUGCAAACGGUGCACACACGUGCACGAGGCAUGCACAAUCCAAACGCGCACACUCAACGCUUGUGCCGUGCACGUGCACAAUCCAAACGCGCACACUGUGCACACUCAACGCUUGUGCCGUGCACGUGCACGAUGCACACGCGAAAUGCACCCGCCGUGCGUGCCCGCACUCCUCCGUGCACGCUCGCAGCACACGCUCCCCGCACGCUGGCAGUGCUUGUGCCGUGCACACCCAAACGCGUGCACUGUGCACGUACACCCCCGGGCACCCGCACCCCGCACCAGCCGUGCACGUCCACGCUCGCACCCCCGCCACGUGCGCGGGUGACGCACGCGCCUGGCACGGGCACCUCGCACGCUCGCCGUGCCCCUUGCACGCCCGCCCCCCCGCCCGGCCGCCCCCCCCCCGCCCCCCCCCCCAGCCAGCACUGACCCAGCCCGGGGCCCCCGGGGCCCCCGACGACUGUGAAAGCCAAGCUGUGACGAGCCCCGUCCGUCCGCCGAGCCGGGAGCCGGGACCGUCCCUGCGGCUCCGUCCGUCCGUCCGUCCGUCCGUCCAUCGCCCGCAGGACGCGGCGGGACCCCCCCCACCCCCCCCCGGCCCCCUCUGUGCAAUAAAGGUGUCGGCGGCAA